CUCUCUCUCUCUCUCUCUCUCUCUCUCUCUCUCUCUCUCUCUCUCUCUUACUCUCUCUCUCGAGCAUUUACUCUCUUGCGAUUCUUGAACUAAAGAUCUGAGAUUUACCGCUAAUCAGUGUCUUUAUAGGAUCCGAUCGAUUCUUCAAUCAUGGCUGCUCCACUGAACAACAAGGCUCCUGCUCUGUUGCCUUCCUCUCCUUCUUCGUCUCCAUCGGUCCUUUGCAGACAAAACCCUAGACCCAGAAACUCAGAAUCCGGAGACCCGAUGCGGCGGAGUUUCGGCGGCAGCCCUUUUCCGACUGGAAAACCGGCGGUUAUCGCUCACCAUAGAGGGUUUCAUAACCCUAGCCCGACCCCUGCUAAUAGCCCCUCAGACUUCUCUCGCAGGAACUCUACUGGAAGAGACAAAGAGAACGAUAAGGAUCAGUUUUCGAACAUGGGGAGAGCCUUUCCAGCUCAAAAGGGCGCCAAGAACUUCAUGUCUCCAACGAUUUCAGCAGCUUCCAAGAUCAACGCAUCACCGAGGAAGAAGGUAUUGGCUGAGAAAAACGAAGGGCCUCGAUCUUCUGUCUCGUUCUCCGACGUUAGAGGUCUGAUCUUGGAGGAGACCAGAAGCCAUCCUGCCCGGCCAACUGUCUCGUUUUCCGAUGUUGUAAGCAUCAUCGGGGAAGAUAAGGAAGGGCCGAAGCCUGAGACGGUGUUGGAUGAAAAGCCGCAAGUUGAGGAUCCAUAUGACAUGACCCUCACUGAUUUGGACAAGAUGGAAGCUUUGGACUUGAAAGAUUCAGACACCAGUGAUGUCAUGUUUGACGAGAAAGAGGGCAGUGCCGAUUUUGAUCCAAGCUUCAAGAUCAGUCCUCGGCCCACUGUCCCAUACACAUCUCCCGUGGUGGCACCCCUUGAUGCUGAUCCAUUGGUUCUUCCAUAUGACCCGAAAAAGAAUUAUCUUUCGCCUCGGCCUCAGUUUCUCCAUUACAGGCCAAACCCAAGAGUUGAGCACUAUUUCGACGAGUGCAAGCAGCUCGAAGAUAUCUUCACAUCUGAAAGCUCUACCGACACAGAAGCAUCCAAAGAUGAAAUGCAAUCCGAAAAUUCUGAAGAGUCAGAAGAGGACGUCGCUUCGCAGGAAAGAGAGUCAGUAGUGGAAGAAGAAGAAGAAGAAGUAAAAGAUGAUGAUGUUAAUGAUGAUGUUAUUGAUGAUGUUGAUGUUGAUGAAGAUGUGAAAGCGCAUGGAGCUGAGGAAAUGACUGACCAAGUUUCAAAACCGCGUCGUUUCAGGGCAUUCAAGCUCCUCGGGUGGCUAUUGGUUCUAGCUGUGGCCUAUUUCUCAGUUUCAGUCACCAUUUCUCCCGAAAGCGAACUUUCCCUUCUUCGAGAUUCAGGUCUCUAUGUUUUCUACAUCCCACCCGAAUUCAAAGAUUCGGCGAGGGCAAACUUUGAGCAGGUCGGUGAAAAGUUGAGGACGUGGGCGGAAUCAUCGGGUGCCUACAUAUCCGAGCUGAUCUCCAGUCUAGGAGAAGAAGAGGAACGGAGUUGGCUGCAGUUCCAUAACUUGACAGAUUGGUUGGAAGACGGUUCUUUUGAUAGCGUUUUUCAGCAAGAUAAAGCUGAGAUCAGUGUAAUUGGAUUGGAUCACCAAGUCGACAUGAAUGUAAAGAGGGCUGCAAUGGAAGGAGCUGAUGAAAUCGAAUGCGAAGCUGAAGAGCCAUUGGAACAGUUUAGUGCAGGUGAUGUGGACAAGACAUCUACUGCUGAGUUUCAUGAGGAGACCGAGGACAAGACAUGGAAACAUGAUCAAGAAAAGCUGGAAACAACUGAUUCUGCUUUUGAGAUGGUUGGAUGUGAAAGCAAUUCCGAAGCACAUAGUGAAGAAAGUGGCCGAGAAGAAGAAACUCGGGAUAUUGAUUGGAACAGUGAAGGAGAGAAAGAAUCUGAAAUACUUUGUGAAGAAGAUGCUGAAGCAGAAGAAGCUACUGAGCUUCAGGAGGCGGUUGAAACAGAGACCGAUAAAAUGGAAGAGGAGAAACUCGGUGGAUAUGAAUCUGAAGCUAACUACGAAGACCGGCAAGAAGAAACAGAGACAGGGCAUGAAGAUCUGAGGCGAACUGCUGAGGAUGUCGGAGUUGCUGAUAGUUCAACUGAAACUACCGAGGCUCAACCUGACCCGCUUCCUGAAUCAGGGUCUUCCACAAAGAUCGAUAAUGACCUGGAAGAAUCUCAUACUCGGCCCGCUAUUUCGGCCGAGGUUUCACAAAUUUCCGGGACUGUGCUCGCGUUGUCUUCGACUCUGGUGGUGGUUGUACUCGCAGCCUCGGCUUUCUUCUUCACCAAGAAAGCAAAACCAGUCGUCAUGCCAAACGCAUCUGCUUCUGAACCAGUGCCCGUCACAGAGGAGCCAAACUUCAACCAUGCAGCGGCAGUACAGAACAUGAUCAAAGAAAGGUUUUCUACGCUGAAUUUCCAGACAGAAGCCGACGACAGAAUGAGGGAACCGUGCCCUACCGAGAUGAGCAGCAGCUUCGAAAAGAGAAACAGCUCGUCGUUCUACAGCAACAGAGAACCGGACGAGGCACAAAGCGGCGGUACAAGGAAGAGGAGUGGCAAGAAAAACAUCAGCAGAAGCUCGAGGACAGAGGAAUCUCUUGCAUCCUCUGCAUCAGAAUACUCCAUAGGCUCCACUUCAUAUGGAAGCUUCACCACAUACGAGAGAAUUCCCUUCAAGACCGGUCUCGGGGAAGAAGAGGCGAUCACUCCGGUGAGGCGAUCAAGCAGAAUCCGGAACCAGCACUCUGCUCAUUGAGAGAGAGACGCUUGACUUGAUGGUUUUAGUCAUUUGCUUUUCCAUUGCACCACUCUGCAAUGUGUUGAUGCUUCUUUAGGUUUGACUGCAGAUCUCUUAUGACUUGUAGGUGUUGACUAAGUUUGUACGUAGCAAUCUCCACUUCUAAAGCUUAAUUGAAUCAGGAUUCCAUUUUUA